AGAAGGGGUAUAAAAGAGUUGUGGACUCACCAGACAACAGACCAUUAGACGUGUUGCUCCCGCGUACAUCUGCAGACGCCUCAAGGAGUGAUCGCACGAUGUUGUCGGCCGUGUUGGUGUCUGUGGUCCUGGCCCUGACUGUCCCGUCAACUCACGGGUUUGUGUUAGGUUGGGGACGUUGCCCUUACUUGCCUCCGGCGAAGGAUUUCAGCGUGGCCGACUGGACGUCUGGUGAGUGGCUGGAGACGUACCGCUUCCCGUUCCUGCUCACCAGGGAUGUCACCUGUGGCAGGGCCAGCUACUCUCCUGAACAGCCCGGCCAAUUCAAGUUUACUUACAAGGGCCAAAGGAAUGGUGUACCGAUCGAGACUGUGGACUUCCUGUACUUGCAACAAUUAUCCAGCGAGGCGUCCGACUUGGAGGUGUAUCACGAGGAUUUCAGCUAUCUGCCCAGGCUAAGUUACCGCAUCGUGGAGUGGAAGCCAACCGACAGCACAUCCGGCGGCUACUUUGUGCAUUUCGGGUGUAAGGACGUCCUGGGCAUCUUCAAUCUCCAGAACCUGUCCAUCUACCAGCGCCAGGUCGACUUUAGCCAGCUCCAAGAGAUUCUCCAGUCUCUGGAGGACAAGGCCAUCCACACAAUAAAUGGCAACAGUAUCAUUGCCAUGCAUCCUGACUGCCCACUGCCUGAGGAGGGAUCAGGGUACGAGGAACCUUAGAAUUGGCUACAUAGUUAUUACCCUCCCUUUUAAGCAUAGAAGGGAUAGAAACGCCUGACCUGGUAUCCCAACCUAUAGCUAUCGGAGUCUCUUUUCCUUCUUUCCAUAUUCGAACAUAAGAAAUAUGAUUGCUGAGUCUCCUCAUCCUCCUACGCACGGUCCCCAACGGCUAACUAACUCAGCCUAUUGGGGAGUUUCGACACGACUGUGGUCCCUCUGCGUAGGAGAAUGAGUCUCCUUGUCCUCAUUCAAAGUAGCAAGAGGACAAAGAGAUAAUCUCCAGGCAGAUUUAGCGGUGCUGUAAGAUGCCAAGGAGUAUAGCCAGCCAAAGGGAGUCAGCUGGGCACCUGGAAUCUGCUGUUAAUGAAACGGGGAGGAGCAUUUCUUAUAAUUUAACAAUGGUGUUGCUGCCCCUCCCAACUGAAUGAAUAUUGACACAAUUGGAAAGUUCAUCUGUGUUGGUAAAUGACAUUGUGG